UUGCUGGCAAAAAUUUUUCUGUUAAAUUCAUGAAUCAGAAACACAUGGAAUUCAAUGAAGUUUUUCAUCCCCUAAUUACAGAGGAUGGCAUGUGCUUUUCUUUCAAUAUGAUGAAUAUGAAGGAACUGGUAUCCGAGGAAUACGCAUUAUACCCUGGAUUAGGAGAAAGCGACGAAACUUCAUCUUGGAUACCUCAAAUCGGAUAUCCAGAAGAUGCAAGUCUGGAAACAUAUCCUCGUCGAGCUUUACUUUCUGGAGGCUUAAAUUCACUAGAAAUAACUAUGGGACAUGUGGAAGAUGACAUCGACUAUGAGUGUAAUGGGGCUGAACAAGGUUAUAAGGUUUUGCUUCAUAUUCCGUCAAGAAUUGCUAGGCCAGCUUUAGAUUACAUGCUGGUCCCCUUCAAUAAGGCAACAACAAUCACUGUCAUUCCAGAAAUGAUGUCUACCUCAUCUAGAGUGAAGAAGUAUAAUUCAGAAACAAGAAACUGCUUUUUUCCUGGGGAAAAAGAUUUGAGAUUCUUCAAGGUAUAUACGAAAACCAGUUGCGACAUGGAAUGUCUGUCAAACUAUACCUUGAAUUUUUGUGGCUGUGUGGCCUUCUGGAUGCCUAGACUUAGCACAACAAAAAUGUGUGGUCCUGCAAAAUUGAGUUGUGUCAUCAUUGCUCGAGAAAAUUAUGACCUUUCUAAACUGAGGGACAAGCUUGAAGAGGAACGGCUAAAGAGAAAACUAGCAGCAGCAAAAGUGAACAAGACGAUUGAAAGCUUGGCGUUUUGGGAAACUCACAAGCACAAAGCAGUGAACGACGAAAUCGAGAGCCUUGAAGAUCAGAUAGAUUCCGUCAAAUCUAAGUGUAACUGUUUCCCGAUUUGUAGUGACUUAACUUAUGUAGGUACAGCAACGUCUUUGGACAUCGAGCAAGUACAGCAAAGACGAAGAAAAUCGAGAUCGACAGCAUUGAAGAAUGCCACAUUUGGAGCCACUCAGAUAACGAUUUUUUUGAAGACCAACGAGAUUUUUACAAGAGAACGCAACGAGCUGUACGGUCUCACAGAUUUCAUAAGUAAUUUUGGAGGAUUGUUAGGAUUGUUCAGUGGAUUCUCCAUUCUAUCAUUCAUGGAAAUAGUGUAUUAUCUCUCUUUCCGAAUAAUAGGGAACCUUAAAAAACAUGGAAGAUGGUAUGGUACCGAAGAAUGA